CGUCCCCCGGCCACGUGCGCUGCGCCUAGGCCUGCGUGCUCCGGCCACAGCCCAGCGAGGGCCUCCACCGCCGGAACCGGGCUCGGGACCCCCGCGGGGGCCGGCCCCGACGAUGCCGUGCGCUUCUCCUUGAGCCUCACCCCCGAGGCCAUCCUGGUCAUCCAGAGACGCCACCUGGAGAAGCAGCUGCUGGCGCGGUCUCGCAGGCCCUUUGUGUCGCCGUCACCCUUGCCCUCGGCCGACCCCAGGCGCCUGCUCGCUCCCUGCCCCCGGGCCAGGGCCACAGGUCCCCGCAGAGGUGGCGUCGACGCCGCUCCAGCCCCCGGCCCUGCACCACCACCCCGCGUCCCGCUCCUGCCUGGCGGCCUGCAGGUCCCUGAGCCCGGCCCGCGGCCCGGCCCGCGGCCUGCCGACCUGCACCCGGUGCUCAAGGUGUCACUGCUCAACGAGCGCCACAAGUACGACGAUGUGGAGUACGAGGAGGAGCCCGACGCGCGGGAUGAGGGCCUGGUGCGCAAGUGCACUGAGUGGCUGCGUGGUGUGGAGUCGGCGGCCGCCUCGCGGGACUGCUCCGGGCACCUGGACACCCUGCCGCACCUGAGCACGCUGUGAGCCGGGGCCUGGCGGCACAGGGCUGACCUGAAGCCACCUCUCCUGGGCUUGGGAACCUCAGGGCCCUGUGACCCCCCUUGCCCACCUCCUGGGUAUCCGUGAGACCUGGGCACUCUCAUGGGACACAGCCCCCACUUCCUGCCUCGCCUUCCUCCCACCCUGGGGUCAUGCCCCACAGCCGGUCUCUCACCUCUCUCUGACCUGUCAGCCCUCACCUCUCACCGGCAGGCCUUGCCUAUGCCCAUAGGGUGCUUGGGGGGUGAGCUGCUGUGAAAUGGCUCUCAACCUGCAGCCUCAGGGUUUGUUCAUCUCAGAAACCCUCCACCCCAGCCACAUCUGCACUUCCCCGCUGCUCUGCCCCUGCCGGCCACCACAUGCCCUGGUCCUAGCAGCCGGUGUUGGCUGCAGGGUGCCGGUGUUCGGUGGUGCCCGCCGUGGCCUGUGGGGACCUGGGAGUGGUGCUGUUUAUGAUUGUUUUCCCCGAGGCAGGAAAAGGUCGAGGUGCUAGGAUCUCUACCAACUGGCCUCCUGGGCAUCGGGGAGUGGAAGGUGAUCUCCAGGGAGCAGCCGACUCGGUGACAGCGCCGUGGAGCCGUCUGCCUGAACAGCCCAGGCACGGGCUCCAGGCGCUGCGUGCUGGGUCGGUUUGCACAGGCACCCAUACUCACACUCACACACACCUUGUCACACACAUUCGGUCACAUGGACUCAACAGUCACAGCCUUGCACACGCACACACACUCCGUCGGUUCACACUCGUCUCCUGAAGUACAGCUGCCACGUGUCCGUGGGGGGACUAGGUGGCCGAGCGGCCCGCCUAGAGCGCUGGCCACUGCAGGCUAGCAGAGAGGCUGCACCCCAGGGUGGCCGGGAGGGGAGGAGCAGUGCCUGGGUGGGGUGAGGGCAGGUGUGCGUGUUUCGGUAUUUACUCACUGUGGAAAUGAGGCAGUGCAGACAGUGAUUUUUAAAUUCUAUGUAUUAUGCAUAAAGGAUAAAACUCCCUGCCUUUUAAUGCUACGGCCGUUCCCCACUAACUGGAGGCUGAUUUCUAGGUAGUUCUGCCAGGCACGGGGUACGUUUAACUCUGGAAGCGGAGGGAGUGAAAUGCCGUGCCCAGGAAAAGCCGGUUACAGCGGAGUGACGGAUUACCUCACUUGGUGACUUGUUCUGUGAAGUCAGUAACAAGUGUAAUGUUUACCUUGCUAGACUGUACUGUGUUGUCACUGUUACGUUUUAAAUUGAAGCCUUACAUUUUUAAAGACCCAGUUUGUAUUUUUCUUGUGGAGGUCUUCGCUCUAAUAACUGUCAAGUCAGAGGCGCAGGCUUCGUUAGUGGGACCGCGUCGGACUGGCGGGGCUGGGUCACCCCGACGAGUGGUGGAACAGAAGCACCGUCUGCUGGGCCACUUCCGUCUUCUGACCCAUCUGGAUGCAGAGAAAUAGACUGACGUGCGCUGACACCAGAGAGGCAAGUGCCGGUAAUUGAGGUGCCCGGCUGCUGCCGCGGUGACACGGCGACGACCUUAGAAGGCGUUCCUGGUGGCUCCCAGGUGACCCGCUUGACGAAGCACCGCUGCCUCUGCCUCUGCGUUUGUGGCCGAGUGUCUGACGUUGGUGCAGGCCUGUCCCUGUCCUCUGUCUGGAUGGCCUUUCCUCACCCUGUCCUGCAGGCCCCACCCUCAUCUCUGACAUGGCCGUGACUCAAAGCCACGCUCACGCUCCCAGACUGCCUUUCCAGUGGCGUCCGCGUGCCUUGCUCGCCUCUUCACUAGCAGACGAGGGGCGGGUCUUCGGUCCUGGCUAGUGACCCUCAAUUAAAACAAGGUUCGCAAGUGACACACCCAUCGGCUCAGUGCUGUUACUGACGUUUUGAGAAGGUUUUCUAAGUCAUUGUGCUACAGUUUCUUAAUGUUUAAAUAAAAGAGAGAUUGG